UCUCACUGCUUCUCCCAGCCCAUCCAAGAUUCCUCAGUCUGGGAGCAGCAUAGGAGAGGAACCAGCCACUGAGGACUCUUAGGAACGGCAUGGAGAGCAAAUGGAGUGGCUUGGUGCUGAUCAUUUCUGUGUGCCUGGGCUCCUUCCAAGCCGGGGCCAGCCCCCUCCACGAGUGUGGCGAGCGGCCGGAGGACUGGUGUCGCGACGUGGCGACCGCGGCCAAGUGCGGGGCACUGGAGCUCUGCCGGCUGACGGCGUGGGACCGGGCGCUGGGGAAAGGGAUCCCCUGUCACCUGUGCCAGGUGGCAGUCUCCGUGGUGGGCAAGAUCCUGCAGGACAACCGCACUGAGGAAAAAUUGAGGCUCUUCUUGGAUAAGAGAUGCCAGUACCUGCCCUUCCAGGACUGGUCUGUCAAGUGCAAGAGGAUGGUGGACACCGGCAUCCUCGUCCUCGUCCAGCUGGGCAAGCAAGUGCUGUCGGACCCAAAGGUGGUGUGUGGGACCUUCAAGUUGUGCCAGCCCCGGGACAGACCCACGGGGACCUUGAAGUAUCAGCAGCCACCACCAGGCCCCAGCCAGGACUUUGCUGACCUCAUCGCCCCCUUCAUGGCCAACGUGCCCCUCCUGCUCCACCCCCAGGAUCUGCCCCACGGCGAGGCCCAGGAGACUGAAGAAGUGUGUGGGGACUGCCUGCAGCUGGUGACAGCCGUGCAGCAGCAGCUGGGGACCAACACUGCCUUCACCUGGGCGCUGGUGGGCCACGCCAAGUGGGUGUGCGAGACCCUGACACCCGACCUGGCGCAGAGGUGCAAGCGCUCCCUGGCCGAGUACACGGACACGGCUGCUCAGCUGCUGCGCUACGUGGUAAGAGCCUGAGGGCUCCCCGGGACU